GCUGCCCCAGCGCUCAUGUCGGUGCCGCAGGGUGUCAAAGCGGGCCUGAGGCGGCCUCGACACGCUUCCUCCGCCGCCUGCUGCUGCCGAGCGCGCGUGCCCGCGACACCCCCCCCGCCGCUCCUGCCGCGUUUCCGGGGCGACGGACGGACGCAGUCCCGGCCCUACCGGCAGCGGCGCGGGGCGUGGGGGACGGGGCCUAGGCGCGGGCACGUGACUCCCGCCGCCCAGCCUGCGCUGCACUGCGCACGCGCGAACCCUCUGCUCCUUCCCCCCCUUCGCCCCGCUGUUGUGACGCAGCAUCCCGUGGCACAGGUGAGCGAGAAGCCAUCAUCCUGGGGCGGAUGCACCACCCUAGCCUGCCAGGUCCAUGACUUCUGCCCCAAGGACAUGGCUGCUGUCUGGCUGAAAAAUGGGGAGGUGCAACCCCAGGAGACGAGCCAUGCAGGGGUCCUUCCCAGCAGAGGUGAGACCUACCAGACCUGGGCCACCAUCGAGAUUGCCCCGAGCAGCAACCACAACUACGCCUGCAGCGUGAGGCACGAGAGCCUGGGGGCAGCUCUGAGAGUGGCCUGGGACAAGGGCCGGACGGGCAACGCUAUCCUGGAGCUGUUGAAGGAGAAGGUGAACAAGCAGGCGUGGAGUGUACAUACUUUUUCCUAUCUUCAAGGCCGCGAUAUAUUGCACUAUGCAGUUCGAAACCAGGGAUAACACGUCCACGACUGCAUGCCCCCACUCAAUUCCAGGGCAAGAUUUU